UAUUAGUUAAUUUAUCGUGAAAAGAAAAAGUUGGCGAUAAUCUGCCGAAAAUAGUGAAUACGGUUGCUGGGAAACAGGGCGUCGUUGGAAAACUGACAAUUACCUGAAGGUGAUAUAUAAACUGUCUAAUCGCGAACUUUGUGAAAACAAGGAAUAACGAAAAGGAAGAAAUUUGUUGGAAGAUUCAAAAAAAGAAGUGAAUAAACAAAAAAAAAACGAUACGAACGAAACAACAUUCAACAACAUUUUUACAAACGAAUUUCAAUUUAAAUAUCAAGAGAUGGCACCAAUCGUUGGAACAUAUCAACACGAACGUAAUGAAAAUAUUGACGAAUACUUCAAAGACUUAGGAGUACCAUAUAUUGCACGAAAAAUGAUGGGUUUGGCAAGUCCACGUUUAGAAAUUUCAAACGAAGGAGAAAAAUGGACAAUUCGUACCGUAUCUAUGAUGCGUACAAUAGUAUUAACGUUUGUUCUUGGAGAAGAAUACGACGAAGGUUUGCCUUCCGGUGAAACAUUAAAAAAUGUUACAACAAUGGACGGUGACAGUCUCGUGACGGUAUCAUACAGGCCUGAUAACAGCAAAAUCGUGCGGAAAUAUGAUUUCACUGACGAUAGUGUCGUCUUGACGAUGUCUAGCGAAAAGAGUGAAAUAAUGGCAAAACGAUAUUUCAAACGACUUCCAUAAAUCGUUGACUACAUCUUAAUGAUUUUUUAUUUAGUACAGAUAUAACCAUAUAUAUAUAUAUAUAUAUGUAUGUGUGUGUGCGCGUGUAUGUGUAUAUAUAUUUUAUGUACACUCUUUUGAUAAUAUUUUCAUUUAUUGUUCUCUUUAUAUAAUAAUUCUAUAAAUGAAAGAAAAUAAAUAAAAAUUAAUAAAAUGAUUAAUAAUAUUAUAUUUUAAAUAUCUGUUAUUGCUUAUCUGUUAUCAAGUCACAUGUUACGUGAUAUGCGGUGAAUAUUAAGGUAGAUAUAAAAAAAAAAAAAAAAAAAAAAAAAAGAA